AUAACCUUUUUUUGAUUCUUUGCAGUUCAGUUUAAACAAAUGGACUACAUUGAUGUUUAGACUGGAAUUGUAAUGGUGCUUAGCUGAUGGAUUUUUUGUCUUUCUUGGAUGACACUGGUGUCAAGGAAAAUGAAAAUGAAGUCAAGCUUUACAUUUAUGAUGUUUCUCAAGGAAUGGCAAAGGUCUUAGCUCGUACUCUCAUAGGGAGACACCUUGAUGGCAUCUGGCAUACUUCCAUUGUUGUCUUUGAUCGUGAAUACUUCUUUGGUGGAGGUGGAAUCGUGAGCUGCAAGCCAAAACGAAUUGCGAUUGAAGGAUGACCGGACUGGAUCGGUCUCUUCCCGGCGUGUUUCUUCUCAACUAUGAGAGAUGCGGCUGUGUAGGAAGCAUAGGAUCGAUUGGUAGGAUGGAGGGAAGCGAAUGGACGACAACCUUCUCGGCAACCACGUUCACGGGUCCCUGGCGCAGUCUCCCUUGAUGCAAGCCAGGCCCUUUCGCUCUGACUCAGGGCUGGGUUUGGUAAUGGGGGAGGAAUGUCAGGCCCAUGCCUAUUGCAUUGCUCUUCCUUUUCCUUCUCCCCCUCCUCCCUCCUCCUCAGUCUCGUCUUGAAGGGUGUGGGUGCGACUCGACGUCGUUGUCGCAUGUAAACGUGCCAUCUUCACCCCUUGGGUACGUGUGCAUGGCUGGAGAGACUAUUCUUCAGAAUCCAGAUCAGAUAAAGGUCCUUGGUCGCACUGAGAUCCCCUUUCCACUUUUCAAGGAACUGCUCUCUCAGCUCAGCAAUACAACUUUCAAAGGGAUUGACUACAACCUUCUUCAUCACAACUGCAACACUUUUUCGAAUGAAUUAGCAGAAUUUCUGACUGGAAGUUCCAUUCCCAGCUUCAUUCUCGAUCUCCCGAGUGAAGUCUUGAAUACCCCUCUUGGUCAAUCUUUGGCACAGUUGUUGAAUCAGCUGCAGCCAAUAUCUGGGAACGUGCAGUCCCACACCAAUCCAACAUCACAGGGACCCAGCUCUGGGUGUUCACCUCAGUGAAAUAUACCUCAGGAAGAACCAAGAGGAGGAGAAAAAGUAUAAGCUGAUUAAGUGUUUUCUAUACAAGUGGAAGUGGAUGGAAUAGUAAGAGAGAUGGCAGAUGCAGAGAAACUGUUAGAAGCCAUUGAGGAACCAGUUGCUGAGGAGAAACCCAAGGAACCACCAAUUGUCUUCCGAGAUCUCAAUCCCAAAGCUGAAUAUGAUUCACUGUGUCGGAACUUGGGAGAGAGGAACAUUCCAGAGGACAGGCAAGCCCUGAGUGAAAUUAAAGAGUAUACAGUCAAAGAUGAAGGUGCAUGGGCUCUCUCUGAUGAAACCAUACAUUUUAUUGGGAAACUACUUCAUGACAAGGAAUUGAAGCCAGGGGUGAGGAGCAAGCUCCUGCGGCUCCUUGCUUGUGCUGCACUCAAGGAUGAUAUCAUCCUUCUCCUUCAUCAGGAUCGCAAGGAGCACCAACUCAUGAACUAUGCCCAUGACAUGGAACUACAUUCACAUGAAGAGCAAGAGGCCCUUGCCCUCUUUAUCUGUAACCUGUUUGAAACAACAAGCAGUUCGGAGUGGCUGUUAUACAUCUCAGAAUGGAAUCGUGAAGGGCUGCAGCUAAGCAAUGUGAGGGUGACAACAAAGGUGGCUGUCACUGCAUUGCUGAGUAACAUGCCAACUCUGCAGGAGAAAGGCACUGCUCUCAUGCACAACCUAGCCACGAAGGAGGUAAAGUCAGCGGUAUUCGAUGAUAUUGCAACAGAGCUUUCCAUGGCCAUCCUGCAAUUCUUGACCUCCAAUCCCAAGGAAGAGUGGCUGUUUCGUGCAAUGAAGGCUCUUCUGCGUUUCUGCCAAAUAUCCUACAAUGAUGUGCCUGCUCUCAUCAAGAUGAUUGGACCUGAACCAGCAAAAUUCAAGGGUGUUUCUGACCGCAUUGAUGAGAUUGUUGAUCAGAUUACAUUCAAAUUGGAAACAACUCAUUACCGUCAACCCGAGGUCCCAGCUUAGAUCCUUGAACCUUCUGGCAUCUUUUUUUUCGUAUAUCCUGUAAUGGAAAAGUUCUCAGUGAGUGUUGAGGGGAGGAUGAAAACCAAAAAGCCUGGCUCUUAGGAAGACAAGCCUGUGUCUCAUCUAGUCAGGGAGAACAGCAUGUAUCCACCAUACAUACAGUGAACAGGAAAAGCGACUGAGCUGAUUGAUGGUCUGUGAUGGUCUCUCCUCUGGGGUGUGAUCUUCCACACUUUUAUCAUUUCUCUCCUCCUUUGUGUCUGUGUGCCACCUCAUCCAUAACUUCUACUUAACAAUCAUAUCGCUCUCAUUGAGAAAAUUCAGAUAAUAAAAGAUUGUGUUCCAAUCCCUGU